AUAUUGUGAAAUAAAAACAGCACCACUGUGCGCUUACACACAUAUGCACACGCAUCUGUUUGCCUGUCACUUGCUACUUGUGUGUGCCACUCUCUCUCUCUGUGUAUGAGUUAUGACUGAAUUUUGUUUUUGUGUGCGUUUUUUUUCUGUUCACAAUUUCGUUCCCAAAGAACUGACAUUUCAUAAUUGUCAAAAAAAAAAUCACACACGAAUCGUGAACCCAGUGACACAAAUAAAAAAAUGGCCAAAAUGAAGUUUUUUAUUCGAUAGUUUUGUUUAUUUUUUUGGUGGAUUUUCACACAGUUUCUCUCUCCCUAUCAUUUUCUAUCCAAUGAUAUUAUCAAAUAGAAACUAAGUUUGAUAGACGAUAAUCCAAUUUGAAUGAAAACAUUUACGAGUAAUAUAGAUACUUCGAUACACAACAAAAUCGACAAACGAACGACUACAUGUACUAUAGCUACAAGGAAGCUAAGGGAGAAAGAAAAAAAUCAUUUCUUGUUAUUUUUUUUUUGUUGGUUGAUUGCGGUUUGGUGAAAUCAAAAGCAAUAGAUUGUGUGUACGUGUAUUGAAUUUAUGUGUCAAACAGUUUAAAUGAGCUAAAAAAAACAAGGGGCGAAUUGCAAUUUUUUUUUUCGAAUCAAAUCUACUGAUUUUUCAUUUUCAUUCGCUUCGAUGUGAUAAGUGUUCGAGGAAGUGUAAAAUCAUAAGAGAUUAGAAGAACGUAACCACGUUCUCAUACGCACACAUAUAGUAAUAACACACAAGACAGAAUUACACAUCGAAAAGUCAUCUAUAUAACCGAAUUACAUUCCGACGAAAAGACGAUGGCUACAGCGAAUCCAGGCUUUCAAAUAGGAUCAGCAUGGUUCCAGAGAAAAAUUAAUUUACGACCAAAGCAUCGAGGUGUUCAUUUAGUUACCGACGAAAUUUUACGUCAAAUUCCAGAAUUGUCACAUUUUUCGGUUGGCCUAUUCCACAUACAAAUUCUGCACACAUCAGCCAGUUUAGCGUUAAACGAGAGUUGGGAUCCAGAUGUUCGAGACGAUAUGGAAAUGAUGUUGAAUAAAAUUGUACCGGAAAAUGAGGCAUACCGUCAUUCGUGCGAAGGACCCGACGAUAUGCCAGCACAUGUAAAAGCAUGCUUUCUGGGUAGUUCAUUAAGUAUUCCAAUAACGGACGGUAAAUUAACAUUGGGCACAUGGCAAGGUAUUUGGUUAUGUGAGCAUCGUGAUCAUGCUGGAUCACGAAAAUUAGCAAUUACGAUAUCAGGUUGUCCACGUGAUUCAGUGCAUAGUCCAACAUCACCAGUUUCACCAAUGCCUUCAACAACUAGUUAGGGCAGGUCUUACUGCCGAAAUGCUCGUGCAAAUUUGUUAAAUUAAACAAACAAACAAAAAUGAAGAUAAAUGGAAACUUAAAACAAUUUGAUAAGGACACAAAUUUUAAAAAAAAUGUACGCAACACACAGAAACUAGUACACAGACACACACAAAAACAACACGGCAAACAACAAAAUUCAACAGCAAACAACACUCAACACUAUACACAUACACACACACUAAAAAUGCACGUUUAAAUGUAAAUCAAUAAAUAACUAAGCUGAUUUAGCGGGGUGGCGCCAAAGGAAUAAACGUGGAACAAACUACAGAUUCAACCAAACUAUAAAAUAAAUAGAAAACAAAAAUUUAUUAAAACAUUUAAUAAAAUUAAAAAAGAAAGCAUAUUAAUGUUAUGAAAGAGCCAAAUUUAAACAGUUAUAAUAAAGUUCGCAUAAAUCAAAGGAUACGGUGAUUCUACAUACACAAACUCAAACACACACACACAUUAUUAUCUAAAAAAAAUGACACACGGGAAUUCCGUGCUCGUCUUUUUUCUGUUAUGUAUUUUUAUCAGAUCUAAUCCAGAGCAGUAAUUAACACGGCAAUAAAAAAUGUGAACACACAACAGCGCAACACAAAAAACUAAACCGAAUGGAUAAUAAUCAAGUAAAUGAAUAAAAAUUGAACUGUAUAAAUUUCCCGAAAUUCACAUAGCAGGUACAACUACAAGUGAACCAAUAUGAAUAAAAAUAAACAAGAAAUAAACCGAAAGAAAAAUAGAAGGAAACAAAACCAACCAUAAAUAAAAAAAAACAAAGCCGUUUAAUAAUGGAGUAAAUAUAUAAAUGGAAUUACUUCGAUAAAUGUAAAUGCAUGUUGUUCAUUUGUAUGAUACGAUAAAUUAUUUCACCGAAACUUUCACUCUCACUCACGCGCAACACUCUCUUUAAAAAAAUUAGAUAUGCUUUAGUAUUUGAAUUUAAUUCAAUUUAUCGCGAUGCAAUCGAAACCAGAAAAAAAAUCAUAAAUAAAACCGAGUAAAACUCGGUAUAAAUAUUAAUCAUUCGGGGUCAAGUGUGUGUGUGUAAUAAUGGAAUAAUUACAUUAUUAUAGUGCUAUCCAAUGUCACAAAGCCAAUCUCGUUACAAAUUUGAUUUGACAUUGGACGGAAAAAUUGCAUACGUUUAGUUUUUCCACAUUCGUUUCUCCGUUCAUUUUUCUGUGAGAAAUGUAAAAUAAUCAUUCAACUGGUGUGAUAUUAAUAAUUUUCCAAUACAAUGAAUUGAUAUCGAUGUGUUGAGCUACGAUUAUCAGCCGUUCAACGGCAACUCAUACAAUGCAAUCACAUUUAUUUUGCAUAAAGUAACUGUCUUUUUAUUUGUUGUUUUCUCACUCUUUCUCUCUGUUUUUAUCGAAAAAAAAGCAAUUCAGUCAAAUAUUUAACAACGUUGUAAUCUAAACAAAGGCUUUUAUUAUAUUUUAAAUAAAAUAAAAACAUUGCAAACAAAUGAUUGUGGCAGAAAAUAGAGAAUAUUCA